AUGGAUGCACGUAACCAGACAUUUGUGAGAGAAUUCAUUCUUCUGGGUCUUUCUGGCCAUCCAAAACUUGAGAUCACUUUCUUUGCUCUAAUUCUUAUAAUGUAUCUAGUGAUUCUUACUGGCAAUGGUGUUCUCAUCAUAGUAAGUGUCUUUGAUGUCCAUCUUCACACCCCCAUGUACUUCUUCCUUGGCAACCUCUCUUUCUUGGAUAUCUGCUACACAUCCUCCUCUGUUCCUUCAACUAUGAUGAGCUUAAUCACAAAGAAAAGAAACAUUUCCUUCUCUGGAUGUGCAGUUCAGAUGUUCCUUGGAUUUGCCAUGGGGUCAACAGAAUGUUUCCUCCUGGGCAUGAUGGCCUUUGACCGCUAUGUGGCCAUCUGCAACCCUCUGAGAUACCCUGUCAUCAUGAGCAAGGUGGUGUAUGUGCUGAUGGCUACCAUAUCAUGGCUUUCUGGUGUAAUCAACUCAAUUGUGCAAACAGCUCUUGCUAUGCAGUUGCCUUUCUGUGGGAAUAACAUUAUUAAUCAUUUCUUAUGUGAAAUAUUAGCUGUCCUAAAAUUAGCUUGUGCCGAUACAUCUCUCAACAUUAUCACCAUGUUGGUGUCCAAUGUGAUCUUCCUGGUUCUUCCACUGUUGGUCAUCUUCUUCUCCUAUAUUCUCAUCCUCUACACCAUCUUGAGAAUGAAAUCAGCCACAGGGAGACACAAGGCCUUUUCUACCUGCUCUUCUCAUCUGACUGUGGUGAUCAUAUUUUAUGGUACCAUUUUCUUUAUGUAUGCAAAACCCAAGUCCCAAGACAUGCUUGGAAAAAACAAGAUGCAAGCUUCAGAGGGGCUUAUUUCUGUGUUUUAUGGGGUAGUGACCCCUAUGCUAAAUCCUAUAAUCUAUAGUUUGAGAAAUAAGGAUGUAAAAGCUGCUGUGAAAUAUUUGCUGAGUAGGAAAACUGUUAACCAAUAA